CAACGACAUGUGCACAAGUACUUUUAAACAUUUGUUGACGAAGGAAACGUAGUUCAGACGUUGAUUGUCGAUUGAUUCAGUUGUUCAAUUAAAUCUUUACAAUUACUUUGAUAUCUCAGUGUUCACACAUUCAGUUUCGGCAUUUGACGGAUUUUCGUUCAUUGGACUAGACCGGGUACAGCUUAUUUACACAACAGAAUAGAAUUUGUUGUCCGUGUGGUGCAUCGGGGUGAAUUGUAAUUAUUAAUUUCGUGUGAGUUAUCAGGGUUUUCGAUUAUGAAUUUGGAGGAUUAGUUUGGAGUGAUAACAAGAGACAUUUGAGGCUGGUGGCAGUGAGGUUAUCUACGGAUUGACUUGAGAUUUUGAGAACAAUAAUUAAAUCAAUAUGGCGACGGCAGAAGCGGUUCACAAUUUUCUGAAGACUCAGAACAGGCCCUACAAUCUCAAUGAUAUUGUGUCGAAUCUUCCCAAUGAGAAGAGCAAGGCGACCAUUCAACAGGCACUGGAGGAGUUGAAGAAAGAGGGAAAAGUUUUUGAGAAGACGUACGGAAAACAGAAAAUCUAUUGCGUAACUCAAGCCACAAAGCACAAUGCUGCUGAGUUGAAAAGAAUGAGCGGUGACCUGCAAGCUCAUGCAGCCGAGUUGGAAAUGAGACGGAAGGCGCUUGAGCAUGAGGUUAAAAUUCGGGAGGAAAAAUUAGAAGCGUUGAAGUCCGGUCCAACUCUGGAGGAAGCUAUCAGGGAGAGUGACGCGGUUAAGUUAAGAGUAACAGCACUAGAAACCAAAUUGGAUCAUCUAGUGGAGAGGUCUAGCAGUCAGCCGAAUCUGGGGGAAAAGAAGAAGAAGGCCGAGGUUUUGAGGGACCAGUAUUCCCGUGAAUACUUGAAAAGGAAGAGAAUAGGUUCUGAGAUAGUUGACAGUAUUUUGGAGGGAUUCCCAGGGACAAAGAAGCAACUGUUUGAAGAAGUGGGGAUCGAGGAGAGAAUUGUUAAAAUAGUUAAAUAGAGAUAUAAUGGGUUCAGGUCGAUGGAGGAGGAAUUAUUUGAAUGUUUGAAAUGAUUUGCUUCAAUGCAGGGUAUUGAACACUGAUUUUUCACAUUCAGAAUAAUUCCCCAUAUUUGUUAUUUGGUACUGCAUCUAUUUAUUGCAGUUCGAGCUGUAAAAAUUGGAAGACUGAAACUCCAUGACUUUACUUACCAAUCCAAUUAUUAUCGUCGCGAUGUUCAGACGUAUUUUUGGAUCCCUCAGUGAUCUAUAUCGUAAAUCUACACCAUUCCAAAAGGCUGUUAGAUAUACGAGUACCUCAGAAACAUCCGAUUGGAAUGACCUGAAGCCGAUUAAACGAAAGCAUAUCCAAUUUCGUUGAUUAAAUUGAAUAGAAAAGGUAUUCAUCUACUCACUUGAAAGUAUCGUACUCGACUAUAGUCAAAAUUUCAGGAUACACAAUGUUCGAAUGGGUCUUCAUCUUACUGUAUUUAUGUCUUGAGUUUCGUUCAUCACGAGUUACGAAAGAGUUGUUCGAGAAUGAUCGGUUGUUAAAGUUCAAAGCAUUUUUCACAUCAUCCGUCUUUAUGAUCAAGUGAUGCUCCGUCUGCGAGUAGCUUUCAUUAUUCUUUGUGAUACUGGGAAGCAAUUUCGACUGAUGAUGAGAUUUGUUUUUGCUGAUUACUUCGUCUAUCACUCUCUGUGGAAGGGAGCGUAUCGCGAAAUGGUGACCGAAAGUGCCGUCGAAUUUGUAUGAAUUGUUAGUGCCUUGGCGUACUAUUAUCGCCGCAUUGUUCGAUUCGUCCUGAUAGGCGUGAUAAAUCUAGAAGAACAUAAAUUACUAAAAUUGAAUAUUAAGAAGAUUUACUGCGAUCGUUUUUUAUAUGAGAAUAGAGAAAAAUUCUCUUACUCCGUAUGUAUCAUAUUUUGUGUAAUGGAGACCUCUGGGAGACGAUUUGUUCGACUCGACUGUAUAGACUGGUGUAUGUCUUCCGAAUAGCAUCCCCUCAGCUGGCCACAAGUACAAUGUCACAUCCUUCCCGAAGGAUUUGAAAUAUACUUUUGGGUUUGAUGUAUUUUUUGUAGUAAUAGAGUGUAAUACUGGCACUACUUGAUACUCAGGAACUAGGAUGAGUAAAGUUAAGGAAUGAAGAAUAAUUUAUAUAUGAAAUUCGAAAUUGUUUAUUUAUUCAUACGUACCAGUGUCACAUUCUGUCUGGAAGAUAGACUGAACUUCUUCAUCUGUCAGUG